GUAGGAUGAACAAACUAUAUACGACGGACACGCACACUUGCAAAUCAGACGAAUUCAUCAGUAUGUCCAUAGUCAAAAGGACUCACAAUUGCUCCGAGCACUACGAGCUCAAAACCUACAAAAAGCUGUUCACGUGCGACGGCUGCAAGACGAAAGGGUUCGGAGAGCGAUAUCAGUGCGAGCUCUGCGGUCACGAGCUCCACAAAGAGUGCAGAUUUCCCCACACGACUGUUUCCCACGAAUUCUUUGGAUGCUCAAGCUUGACAUUUCGGGACGAACCCUUCACAAGAUACGGCAAAAAGAACUGCAAGGAGUACUCCAAAUGCUGCGACGCUUGUGGGAAAGAUAUAUGCGGGUUCAGCUAUCACUCCGCCGCAGACAAUCUGGAUUUGCAUCCCACCUGCCGCAACCUCGACAGGAAACUAGUCAUCAACGACACGGUUUUUGAUCUCUUGCCGGCAAAGCGUUCGUCGCCCAAGUGCAUAUGGUGCAACAAGAGAAAGAUUUCGGAUGGGACGAGAGUUGCUCCAGGGUGGUCGUAUCUGUCUACUUGCAUGAAAUACCAUUUCCAUGUGUAUUGCAUGACGGAGAUGGUGUACGAGGCGUGCAUGAAGAAUGGGGAGAUGGGAUUGGAGAAAGUGCAGCUGAAACAGUUGGUCAGACACAGAGGAUCAAGUGGAAGUAGUGGUUUCUUGGAGACGAUCAAAACGUUUCUCAAGAUCAUACUGUCUGCUCUUUUGGGGGAUCCAACGUUGCUCAUCUCCAAUGUCUUCGUCGAACUGGUUUCGCGUGGCAUGCAGUGAUAUGUUUCACGCUAUACUUUCUGCUCAAGUUAAGUAUGAUCCAACUUGCAUCAAUUACAGUAUGGUAUGAUUAAUGUAAGAUUUCAAUCCAUUGAGAUCUGAUUUAGAAAAAAAACGUUAAAAUUUGGAGUUUGCCUUUUCUUGUUUGCUUGGCCGUGGACUUGUGUAAGACAGUGUACGAAUAAUUUUUUCCAGUUCUUUAGGGAAUUUAUGCGUCAACGUUUUGUUUGUUUGUUUGUUUUUCUCUUUCCUUUUUUCCUUUUCUAUCAUAUGGGAACAGUUUUUUUAUUAUUAUUGGUAUUGUAAAAUGUGUCCGAAUUUUGUCAGAAGCAAAUGGAUUGUAUUGCGAUGAUUGUUAGUUAUCUCAUGAUUAUGUU